AUGGACUCGGAGCACCUGAGCAAUAAUGGCGAACCCAAGCCACGAGCCAUGCCCGCCGACCUUCCGACGUCCCUAGACGACCGAAGACAUGCUCCGAUGGAAGACUACAUCCCCGAGACCGAGAUGUACGAUGGCUGGCAAGGUCAAUCCCAGUUUCUCACAACGCCGGCGUUGGCGAAACCAUUAAAUUUCGGGAACCUGUCCCUGAAUGACGACGCCGACUAUGAGCGAGAUAUUCCCAAACCUCCCAAGGAUAGUGACACGCGACUCAUGGAGAUGUUGAAAGCCCAAGCAGCAGCUCAUCAGGCCGGCCACGGACUCGAGGAUGAACAGACUAUUCUCAAUGACGACAAGUUGUCUGAAUCUGAAAAGAAGGACAUGCUACAAAAGGCAAUGAUCAUGGCAGCUAGCAAUGGCGACGUGGGCAAAGUCAAGAGGCUGCUUGGUGGAAACGGCCAGCCCUUAAUCGAUGUCAACGCCGCCGACGAGGAUGGGACACCCCCUUUGAUUUACGCGAGUUGCUUUGGACACGAAAGCGUCGUCAAGGUCCUCAUCGACGCUGGAGCCGACGUCAAUAGGCAGGACCGGAAUCAAUGGAGCGCUCUCAUGUGGGCCAUGACGAACCGACACAAGGGAAUCGCAAAACUACUACUGGAUAAUGGCGCAUCCUCUGACCAGAAGACUUCCUCUGGCCGAACAGCCUUUGACUUUGUCCCCCCCGACAGCGACAUGUCCUUUUAUCUGCACGACAACGGCUACAAUAUCGGAAAUGCCGGAAUGGGCGAUGACUUUUACAACCCGGGCUUCUCGCAGGACCGGUUCGAAGAGGAAAUGGCAGAGAAUGAGUUGCGCAGGAGGUUGAUGAUGGACAGUGCCAGAGACUUGGAGGUUGAUUUGGGCAAUGUGGGAAUCGACGACCAGCCCGAGCCGGCCGACGAGUUUGAGGAGGAACAGCAAGAGUUUGACUGGAGCCGCUGCUUGCACGACCAAAUGUUUGUCUUUCAAGAACACGAGCUCGACCGGAUACUCGACAUCAUCAUCACCAAAAUGACACCCCAGCGCUCGCCGACACAAAAGCCCGUGCCGGCCAACAUGAUAUUCCUCAGCGCGAGAUACGCGCAUUACCACGCCAGCCCCGAGUUGCUGGAGAAGCUGCUCGUCACGGCAAUGGACCUGAUUAAUGACGUGGUCGAGAGGUGUCAGUGGGACAUGACGAUACUGGCGUUCUGGAUCUCCAACGCCACGCUGUUGUUGCACUACCUGAAAAAGGAUGCGGGCCUCGUUGAGGCGACGGCCGAGUUUCAAGCGCACCUCGCCGAGCUCAUCAAUGAGAUUUUUAUCCUCAUUGUCCGCGACGCCGAAAGACGCCUCGACAAGGUUUUGGAUGCCGCCAUGCUCGACCACGAAACGAUCCCGGGCUUCGAGGACAUUACUUUUCAGAACGAAUGGAAGCUCUUCAAGCGGAAACAAACAGUCAAGGAGGAGCCCUUGGAAAAGAGAUUCAGGCCGCCCUCGCCCAAGCAGCGCGCAAAGCCAGCGCCUCGAAACGUCACAUCGCUUCUUUCCUCGACCCUCUUCGUACUGGACCUCUAUGACAUCCACUCAGUCAUCACGGCACAGAUUGUUUCGCAACUACUGUACUGGCUUGGCGCAGAGCUUUUCAACAGAAUCAUGUCCAACCGAAAGUACCUGGCACGAACCAAGGCCAUGCAGAUUCGCAUGAACGUCUCCAUCCUCGAGGACUGGGCGCGAACGAAUAAUCGACAGGCGGAGCACUACGAAGGCGGCGACACGAGGGCCUCUGGGGAGACGGUCAUGGAUGCCGCUCGGCGCUUUCUCGCCCCCGUCAUCCAGCUACUCCAGUGGCUCCAGUGCUUCUCAUCGCUUGACGCAGACGACCUGGAAGCCCUCGUGGGCACCCUUCAACAGCUGAAACGGCUCACACCACAGCAGCUCAUACACGCAGCCACCCACUACCGGCCAGAAGUCGGCGAAAAGGGGCUCCCCAAAAGCGCAAUGAAGUAUCUAGUGGCGAUUCAAAAGGAAGCUGCACUCAAGCGGGACAGACGCCGCAGCCGGGCGGCAUCACCGCUGCCCAAAUCGGGCCCAGAUGCCAGCAGCAGCCCCACGACACCGGUCAAGGGCAGAUCAAACAGCGGCAAUCUGCUCGACACCCCCGGAAGCGUGGCAAGUGCGCGCAACCCCGACGCCAACGACGCGUCAGACGAGGAGGAAGACGCACCCGAACACUUGCUCAUGGACCCUGCGCUGAUGCUACCGUUUACGCUGCCAUCCGUCACAGACAUGCUAGUUUCGUACGGCGCAGGAUUUGGGGGCGUCAACCGGGAGCGGGAGAGGAAAUACAUUCCCUCGGUUCCCGCCGAGUUUUUGGAGAAGCUUGAAGUCAGCGGAGUGCGGAAAGAACCAAUGUUUGAGGAGAAGGAUUGGGAGAAUGAAGAGGUGUAG